AUGGAUUUCCACAAAGUAACGCCUGUAUCUAUUAAAUUAUCUUUAAAAAAUACUGUAAAGUUAAGUUGUACUCAGCAUCCGGUGGUCUCCACAGACGUGGCAGUGAGAUGGGUGGGUCCUGCGCGCGCGUGGCUUGCGUGCUCUGCCGGCGCGGAGCCGCGCCGCCCGCCGCCGCCCCUCGACGAUGCGCGCGCCCGCCCCAAGCCCUACUUCUGGAGACGUGAUGGGGAAGAGGUCAACCCCAAAAGGAUUUCUUUAAAUGGGACGCUGGAGGUGUCUAAAAAGCGCGACGGUGGUGGCGACGGUGUGUACCAGUGUGGAGUGCGCUACCAUGCUGGGGUGGUGCUAGGGAAUCCCGUGCAUCUUAAGUUUGCCUACAUGGAUAAGCAGUUCUCCAAGCAUCCAGAAAACAUGACAGUUAAUAGAGGACAACCUGUCGCUCUAUCCUGUAACAUCAGUUCUGGGCCUCCAGCAUCUAUCACCUGGUUGAAGAACGGCGAAGAGUUACUCCGGAAUUCUAGAUACCACAUUCUGGAUACUCAACUGUUGAUCAUGGAUGCGAGACCAGAAGAUUCCGGAACGUACAGCUGUAUAGCAACAAACCAACUGGCGAACAGAAGCCGCGUGAGCCACAACGGCAGGCUAAGUAUCCUCGACACCGUGGAAGAUCAACCGGCUGGUUUGCUAGAAGUGCAUCACGAAUCCCAAAUAGUCACACCAAAGGGAUCACUUGUGGUGUUACCCUGUCUCGUUGUUGGAUGGCCCAGACCAAAGCUGAUCUGGCACCUGACCCCUCCCGGCGAGAGGAGCAGCGAGCUCGAGACAACUGAUGAGAUUCUGAUCCUGCGAAACCUGGAACUCGAUCAGGAGGGCCUCUACACUUGUGCUAUUGAGGGUCAACGCGAUCUGAUGAAGACCUUCAACGUGACUGUGACCACUCCGGUGAACAUCACGCAUCCCCCCACUUCUAAGGAGGUACAGCGAGCGAGUACCGUGCGCUUCAACUGUACGGCCACUGGCAAACCGGAGCCCGUCAUAACCUGGUACAAAGAUGGUCAGCCCUUAGUGCUGGCAGGGAGGAUAAAUUUACGGACUUCCGCUGAUGGUAGUCAAAUCCAGCUGGUGAUUAGCGGCGUGACGUCGGAUGAUGCUGGCGUGUACCAGUGCUUCGCACGUGGUAGCGGCGGCAGUGGCAGCGCGUGGGCGUGGCUCAACGUGACGGGCGCGUGGGCGGCCGCGCCGGGCGCGCUGCGCUGCGUGCCGGCCGGCGCGCGCCGCGUGGCGCUGCGCUGGCGCCCGCCCGCCGCGCGCGUCGUCGCCUACACUGUGGACGCCACGCGUGCAGACAAACCAGGCAUUGCAUUGACAGGCCAGCCGCACACUAACACCGAAGAAGUUGUCACCGUGAAAGAGCCACUCACUCCAUAUAUCUUUCAGGUCCGAGCUUACAUUCCGACAUCGAGCAAGAAGAAUGUGGCGAGCGACAUGUCGGAGAGCGUCGUCUGCCAGGGGCAAGGAGUACCUGUAAAAGUCUCAAAGGUGGGAGAAGCAGUGUUAGUAUCAUGGCGUCAGUUCGCGGAAGAGAACCCUGGAGUUGUGGAAUGGAUUCUGCAGUAUAAGGCCGACAAUAGCACGCAAGAGCACAACAUCACGUUACCCGGAGAAGUCACUAACUACACUUUGCCAAGUGGGGCCGGUGGAGAGGCGGCGUGGGUGCGCGUGCUGGGGAGCCGCGCGGCGCGCUGGCUGCCGCAGGACCUCGCGCUGCUGCCCUGGACCGCCGCCGCGCCGCGCCAUAGCCAUCGCGACGUCACGGCAGUACCGCAGGACGUCAAAGUGUCGGAUGUCGGGGUUCACGGCUUCACUGUGAAGUGGCGAUGCGAUGAGGCCGACUCCUCACCCGAAAUGUACAGUUUCAGGGUGUGCUUAAAGAAAGUGGAGGGGACGGAAGAGUGUCAAGAAAGUUACAAGAGCAGCGCCACAUUGGAGGGCUUGGAGCCGGGAAGCGAAUAUGAAGUGCGGGUACAAGCGCUUGUGCAAGGGCGAUUUCUUGGUGGGGCUUUUAGCGACCCAAUCCGCGUCACUACGCAACCUGAAGGACAGUGGCGUGUUGGCGAUUUGUCGUACACGUUCGUCAACUCGUCGGCGGUUCGAGUGCGCUGGAACGGGCAGGCGGCGCGGUACACCGUGCGGCACAGCGCGCGCCUCCGCCUGCCCGUCGAGCAGUGGCCCGCGCUCGCCACCACCGACACCUCUGUGUUGAUAACUGGAAUUGAGCCAACUGAGCAAACUUACGUAAUGGUGACCGGUUACGAACCCCUUGGACACAGUCGAAUCCUGACAAUUCCGGCGCAAGUUAAAGAUUUAGAUGCGCAGGAGCUGCGGUACGCGUAUACACACGGGGGUGUGCGAGUGUGGUGGCGCGGGGCGGGCAGGCGGGCGGUACGCUUCGCACAGAACAUCACGCGCCCGCUCGAGCACUGGCGCAGCGUCGACGUCACGCAGCCCAGCGUGCAGCUGGAUGACCUAGACCCUACCCUGCCGGUGUACGUGAUGGUGACACUGCCGGGCCUUGGGAAGCCCAACCAAGUGCUCACCAUACCGCCACGACCCGUUGACAACUACAACAUGUACUUGGGUUUAGGAGUAGGUCUGGGCGUGUGCGUGUUGUGUGCGUUGUCCAUCGCCGCUGCUUGCUUUUGGAGGAGACACAAGAAGACUCGGUCGCCUGUCAGAACACGAAGAAGGAAUCAGCCAGCUAACGAGGGUACAGACGAGGAAGGCUCGGAAAUGAAGGCUAUGGGAGUGGAGGCGGGCGGGCGGCUGGCCAACGGCGGCGCGUGCGGCGGCGCGUGCGGCGGCGCGUGCGGCGGCGCGUGCGGCGAGCCGCUGCUCAACGGACACGUGCAGCGCGCGCACGCACACGCACACUCAAAGACACCAAAUGGCAAGCUGAAGAAAGGCCGCCUCUAUGAGGCGUUCGACGUGUCACGCAACGAUCACGACACGACUGCGGAGACGGUGCUCGACGACUCAACUUCAACGUUCAAUUUUCUCGACACCUCGCGUCGUCCAGAGUUCGAAUCCCGGCCGGAGCUCACCGCCAACAACUCCUUCCAAAAACUCCCAGACGACAAUAUGAACUCCGAGCUAAACAGGGGUACCGAAUUUCAGUUAGACAACAGCAAAAUUCAGCCAACGCUGCAGCCCAACGGUUGA